AUGCCAUCCGCCGAAAAGGACGUCGAAGCCAAUCCUGCUAGCGAGCCCAUGGCAGCUGAAGCUGCAGUUUCCCAGCCUCACGAUGAGGCAGCAAACCCCACCCGUUCUACCAUUACAUCAAACAGCCUCUCGAAAAUCGAAACCAAUGCUUCAGCCUUAUACGACAGCCUCCCCAUGUGGCGCAAAUGCAUGAUCGUCUUCGUCACCAGCUGGGCCACCCUCGCAGCGUGUUUCUCCUCGACGUCGUUGCUGAGCGCUAGUGUUGAGAUUGCGGCCGACCUGGGAGGCACGAAGGAAGCUGUUAGUCUGUCUACGGGAGGGGUGCUGCUUGCGUUGGGGAGCAGUCCGUUGAUUUGGAGUCCUGUUGCUGCGAUCAUUGGCCGCCGAGCCACAUACAAUAUCUGCCUGCUCGUCCUUUUCGGCUUCACUAUCGGCGCGGCUCUCGCACCCAAUAUGCGCGUCUUUAUCGCGAUGCGUGUACUUUCGGGUCUUCAAGGAUGCUAUUUCCAUGUAGCAGGGCAGACUAUCCUUGCUGAGUACUUUCCGCCCGUCCAGCGUGGCACUGCUACGGGGUUCUUCCUUGGGGGUACGGUGCUGGGUCCGCCUCUUGGGCCUCUGGUUGCGGGCAUCAUGAUGACCUACUCGAGCUGGAGGAGCGUGCUGUGGCUGCAGGUUGUGAUGGUUGGGUUUGCGUUCAUACUCGCGGUGGCGUUUGUGCCGCCUAGCAGGCUGGACAAGCCUGGCCGGUCUGCGCUGAACUUGAGGGGCAUGGAGGCUGUGAGGCAGUUCAACCCGCUGCCUAUCUUCCAACAGAUGAAGUCUAGGGAUAUUAUCUUUACGCAUCUAAGCUGCGGCUUCCUGAGCUGGACGCAGUACUCUAUCCUCGCAUCUCCUCGGCAUAUCCUCGUCGAGCGCUUUGGCUUGACAUCACCGCUUUCUUCUGGGCUCUUCUACAUUGCGCCUGCGACCGGUUUCCUUGUCGGUACCGUCAUCGGUGGACGCUACUCCGACAUGACAGUGCGCAAGUUCAUCAAGCUGCGCGGAGAACGACUGCCUCAAGAUCGUUUGAACAGCGGCGUGUGGCCGUUCUUUCUCAUCAUACCUGUGGCGGUGCUAAUAUACGGAUGGGGCUUGCAAUACUGCAAUAGUUGCGAAGCGGUCAAAGGGGGUUUGGCUCUGCCCAUUGUGACGGCCUUCUUGGCUGCUGCUGGGCUGCUUGCUGCGUUCGCGAGCCUGAACACUUAUUGUGCUGAGGCGAUACCCCGAAAAAGGAGAGAAGUCAUCGCUGGCAAGUAUCUUGUGCAAUACACAUUCUCUGCUUUUGCGAGCACUUGUACUGUUCCGCUGAUGGAAGCCAUUGGUAUUGGACCUACAGCGACGAUAGGCGCUGUGUUGUCUGUUCUUGCUGGAUGCCUCACCUUCGCGACGGCGCGGCAUGAUGUGGAGAGCGAUGAGGACAAAGGAGCAAAGCAGGCCGACAACUGGCUGAGGAGGGUGACAAAGAGGAGGGAGCUCCUGCCGACCAAGAAGGUCUUUCCGAUUGCAUAA